AUGGACGAUCUCCCUCUCUCCCUCGAGUCGCUUCAAAGGGCGGUCAGUGAACUCACAGCGUCAUAUCAUGAUCGGGGAUGGGCAAGUGAAGCCACAGACCUGGAGCGGGCAAUCGAGACAGCGGGGAAGCGGGUAUUGGCAAUAGAUGCCGAUCCCGACCCAACGACCAUAAUCAUUGAAGAGCUCAGCGCCUGUGUGAGGAGACGACUGCAAGCCAAAUCAUGGAUUGCUGCCGAGGAUCUGGGCAUCUUGGUGCUGAGUACGUGCGAGAGCCUGAAAGGCGAAUGGGACUCCAUGACCAUGACGGCGAUGAAUAAUCUUGCAUCUGCAUAUUGGGGCCGUGGCCAGCUGGACCAGGCGGCUGCUCUUGCUGCCCGGGUUACGGGUCUUAGACAGCAGACUCUCGGCGAGGACCAUCCGCAGACCUUGGCUUCAAUGAACAAUCUCGCUUCCACCUAUCGGAGCAAAGGACUUUGGCUUGACGCCCUGAAGCUUGAUACAAAGAUUGUGGAGCUGAAGAAGAAAACCUUUGGUACUCGGCAUCUUUCAACUUUGGGGUCGAUGUCGAAUUUGGCGAUCUCGUAUUCCAAUCUUGGUCAAUAUGAGGAGGCAGAGUCGAUUGCGCAGGAUUUGGUGGAUAUUGGGGAAAGGGGAUUGCCUGAGACAGACCUCUCGUUAUUAAAUUGGAAGCUCACCUUGGCAUCGACUUACCGGGAUCAAGGACUGCUAGAUUCCGCUGAGAAGCUCGAGCAGGAAGUCGUCGCUAUCAGUCGGGACGAAUUCGGAACCCACAAUCCCUUUACGUUGACCUCUAUGGCUAAUCUUGCCACCACAUACCGAGAGCAAAGGCGUUGGUCGGAUGCAGAACGGCUUGAAAAAGAAGUAGUGGAGAGCAGCGAGAAGAACCUUGGUGAAACACAUCCACAAACUCUGAUGUCAAUCAGCAAUCUUGGUUCAACAUACCGCAGCCAAGGCCGGCUUGAAAAGGCCAAAAAGCUCGGAGAAAAGGCUACAGCAGUAAUGAAAGAGGUUCUCGGGGAGCGACAUCCAUGCACACUGGUCGCGAUGGCGGAUCUCGCAGUUACCUAUCAAAUGAAGCGACAACUACCUGAUGCUGAGAUCCUUGCAGUCCGGUCUCUGCACUUGAUGGAAGAGACAAUAGGCAAAGACCACCCUCACACACUGAGCGCGAUGGCCAAUCUGGGAUACAUCUACCAGUCGCAGAGCAAAUGGGAUGUUGCCGGUGGAAUGGCGGAGACUGUACAUGCACGCAGAGUAAAGACAAAUGGUACCAAUCACCCAGAUACUCUGGCUGCACUGGAGGAUCUGAGGAGGGUAUCUUGGGUAGAGGCGGCCGAUCAGAAUGCACAGCGUACGUUGAAUUAG